UAACUUUCGCUCCUCCAAAUACGAGAGAGCCGAGCAUGGGUGAUCGUUCUAAACGUUAUGAAAAGAUUGACUUUUUGGGAGAGGGACAGUUUGCAACAGUAUACAAGGCCAGGGACACAGGAUGCAAUGACAGAGUAGUGGCAGUGAAGAAAAUCAAAGUGGGCAGCAGAAGAGAGGCUGCAGAUGGAGUGAACAGGACAGCUCUGAGAGAAAUCAAAUUUCUACAGGAACUUAGUCACACUAAUAUCAUAGGGCUUCUUGAUGUUUUUGGACACAAAUCUAACAUUAGUUUGGUCUUUGAAUUCAUGAACACAGAUUUGGAGGUUAUCAUUCAGGACAGUAAUAUAGUUCUCACCGCUGCCCACAUCAAGUCUUAUGUUCUACAGACAAUACAGGGUCUGGAGUACCUCCAUGCUAACUGGAUUCUACACAGGGAUAUGAAACCUAACAAUUUACUUAUAAAUGAUGAAGGCGUGGUGAAAAUAGGAGAUUUUGGCUUGGCUAAGUUUUUUGGUUCACCAGACAGGUUGUACACCAAUCAAGUGGUCACACGGUGGUAUAGAUCUCCUGAGCUGCUAUUUGGGUCCUGCAGCUAUGGCACAGGGGUGGACAUGUGGGCCAUGGGUUGUAUUGUGGGCGAAUUACUGUUGAAAACCCCUAUUUUUCCUGGUGAUUCUGACCUUGAUCAAAUAAGUAAAAUUUUUGAAGCACUGGGAACUCCAAAAGAAGAUGAUUGGCCAACAAUGAAGUAUCUCCCUGAUUACAUCCAAUUCAAGGAGACGGCAGGGACUCCUCUCCAUCAAAUUUUCACAGCAGCCUCUGAUGAUCUCAUAGACCUCAUAGCUUACAUGCUAGCAUUUGCACCCUCCAGGAGGUGCACUGCUACACAGGCACUUAAACAUUCAUACUUCAGUAACAAGCCAGCUCCCACACCUGGGCACUUACUACCUCGCCCUAACAACACUCAACCUCCUACUCCCAAGGAUGAGAAGCCAAAUCUGAAAAGAAAACUGCAGGCUGAAGCAGGUGGACUUGUAAAAAGGCUGGUAUUUUAGAGGAAGGAACUAUAUAUUUUGUAUGACAGAGUGAAAGGAAAUCCCCCCUCACCUCAAAUCAGGUGAGCGUUUGCCAUGGUGUUUCUUGGAGAGACUUGAGUGAUAUCUGGGAUGCACAUGCAGAUAAACUGGUGGCA